GCUGGCUACGCCGCCCCCGUGGCUGCUGCCUACACCGCCCCUGUGGCUGCUACCUACGCCGCCCCCGUGGCUGCUACCUACGCCGCCCCUGUGGCUGCUACCUACGCUGCGCCUGCCGCUGCCGCUUACGCCGUGCCUGUGGCCACCGCCUAUGCGGCACCUGUAGCCACGGCUUAUGCCGCGCCUGUGGCUAGCAGCGCGCAGCACCACUCGCAGGACGAGCUGGGUCAGUACAACUACGGCUACGCCGACAUCAACUCGGCCAAGAACGAGGUGAAGACGGCCGACGGGGUGGUGCGCGGCUCCUACAGCUACGUGGACGCCUACGGCCUGCCGCAGAAGGUCGACUACGUCUCUGACGCGCUGGGCUUCCGCGUGGCGGGCACCAACCUGCCGGUGGGCCCGGCCGGCCCGGGUCACGUGGCCGACACGCCCGAGGUGGCCGCCGCCAAGUCGGCCCACUUCGCCGCGCACGCCGAGGCUCUGGCUCGCGCCGCCGUCCACUGAAAUGUCCAAAGCCAAGUUACCCUUCUGGGCCUGCAGAGACGGUCGCCCACCGUGAAGAGAACUGCACCAGUCGAUAGGACUCGAUGUCGAGUCAGUUUCGGUCGCGUUUCAUGGGCGUGGCGGUGCUUCGUUGUCA